AUGGCGGGCCUAUCGGUGUUUGAGGAGACUCCGAUGCUGGCGGUGAUGAGAUACAAGGCGCUGAACAACGUGUUCAACAGGGACCCGAGUCCGCGGAAACUCUUCCUCGGGAACCGAGAAUAUUAUGAGGAUGAUGGACAGCCUACAGUACUGCACGUGGUGAAAAAGGUUCAACGCCGCAUUGUCAAUGAUCCAACAUUAAAUCAUGAAUAUCUACCUGAUCUAGGACUCUCAGAAUUCAACAGGGCAGUUACUGCUUUAUUACUAGGCAAAGGCUGCAUUGCUAUUGUGGAAAGGAGGGCUGAUAGUAUACAGGUACCUGGAGGCGAAAGUGCUUUGUUCAUCGGUGCCCAGUUUCUCCAUAAGUGGUACAACAUGACCUCUCCUAAGACAGCUAGAGUGUAUGUCUCCAUCCCUUACUGGGAGAAUCAUGCAUCUGCCUUCUUCAAAGUUGGAUUUGAAGUUUAUAGCUACCGUUACUGGAACAAUGAUAAGCUUUGCUUGGCCUUGCCCCAGUUACUGGAGGACCUUGAGAAAGCUCCUGAUUACUCCAUAGUGUUGUUAAACGUUGUAGCCCAUCGGCCAACAGCAAUUGAUCCAACUCCAGCUGAAUGGAUGCAGAUCGCGGAGAUCAUGAAGAGAAAGAACCAAUUUCCUUUCUUCUACUCAACUGCUCAAGGCUUAGCUACAGGGGAUGUGCACAGGGAUGCCUGGCCAGUGCGAUAUUUUGUCAAUGAACGCUUCGAGCUAUUUUGUGCCCAGUCAUUUUCCAAGAAUUUCACCUUGCACAGUGAAAGAGCUGGAAGCCUAACAAUAGUUUCAAGGAACAAUCACACUCUGAUCAGUAUCCGAUCACAAAUAGAAGAACUGGCACGACAUACUUGGUCAAAUCCUCCAUGGUUUGGAGCCCAUGUCAUAGCAACAGUUCUGAAUAACCCAGCCUUCUUCACUGAGUGGCAGGAAAAUCUGAAGAAAAUGGCUGAGCGCCUGAUGCUGACUAAGGAGAAACUGAAGGAAGAGUUGCGGAUACUGGGAACACCAGGAUCUUGGGAACACAUUACCAAGCAGGUUGGCUUGUAUAUCUUUCCUGGAUUCACAGGUUCUCAGAUUAACUACUUGAUGAAAAAGCUGCAUAUUUACCUCUCAUCCGAUGCACAGAUCAACAUCAGUAAUGUGAACAGUCAAAACCUUGCCUACCUGGCGAGCUGCAUUCAUGAGGCGGUGGUCUCCAGUUCUGAAGAUAGCCAAGUCAGCACAUUAAACAAUUAA